CGAAGGAGGCGGAGACUGCCGCGGCUGCAGCCCGGCGGGGCUCCGAAGCGAGGGGCUGCAUGGAGCGGCCGGCGCGGCUCUGCGGGCUGUGGGCGCUGCUCCUCUGCGCCGGCGCCGGGGUCGCCGCGCCCGCGGAAACUCAGCCACCUGUGACCAAUUUGAGUGUUUCUGUUGAAAACCUCUGCACGGUCAUAUGGACCUGGAAUCCCCCCGAGGGAGCCAGCCCAAAUUGUAGUCUACGGUAUUUUAGUCAUUUUGGCAACAAACAGGAUAAGAAAAUUGCUCCAGAAACUCAUCGUUCGGAAGAAGUACCCCUGAAUGAGAGAAUUUGUCUGCAAGUGGGGUCCCAAUGUAGCACCAAUGAAAGUGAGCAGCCUAGUAUUUUGGUGGAAAAGUGCAUCUCACCCCCUGAAGGUGAUCCCGAGUCUGCUGUCACUGAGCUACAAUGCGUUUGGCACAACCUGAGCUACAUGACCUGUACUUGGCUCCCUGGAAGGAAUACAAGUCCUGACACUAACUAUACUCUCUACUACUGGCACAGCAGCCUGGGAAAAAUUCUUCAGUGUGAAAACAUCCAUAGAGAAGGUCAACACAUUGGUUGUUCUUUUGUUCUGAGUAAGGUGAAGGAUUCCAGUUUUGAACAACAAAGUGUCCAAAUAAUGGUCAAGGAUAAUGCAGGAAAAAUUAGACCCUCCUUCAAUAUAGUGCCUUUAACUUCUCAUGUGAAACCUGAUCCUCCACAUAUUAAAAAUCUCUCCUUCCACAAUGGUGACUUAUACGUGCAAUGGAAGAAUCCACAGAAUUUUUAUAGCAGAUGCUUAUCUUAUCAAGUAGAAGUCAAUAACAGCCAAGCUGAGACGCAUGAUAUUUUCUCCGUUGAGGAGACCAAAUGUCAGAAUUCAGAACUUGAAGGAAACCUUGAGGGUACAAUUUGUUUCAUGGUCCCUGGUGUUCUUCCUGGUACUUUGAACACGGUCAGAAUAAGAGUCAAAACAAAUAAAUUAUGCUAUGAGGAUGACAAACUCUGGAGUAAUUGGAGUCAAGCGAUGAGCAUAGGUCAGAGGGCCAAUCCCACGUUCUACAUAACCACGUUACUCAUCAUUCCGGUCAUCGUUGCAGCUGCAAUCAUAGUCCUCCUGCUAUAUCUGAAAAGGCUCAAGAUCAUUAUAUUCCCUCCAAUUCCUGAUCCUGGCAAAAUUUUUAAAGAAAUGUUUGGAGACCAGAAUGAUGAUACCCUGCGCUGGAAGAAGUACGACAUCUGUGAGAAGCAAACCAAAGAAGAAACUGACUCUGUCGUGCUGAUAGAAAACCUGAAGAGAGCCUCUCAGUGAUGGGAUAAUUUAUUUUAACCUUCAGUGUGACCUUGUGAAGAUUCACUCCAUUCUCCAUUUGUUAUCUGGGAACUUGUUAAAUGGAAACUGAAACUACUGGUCCAUUUAAAAACAGGCAGCUCAUAAGAGCCACAGGUCUUUAUGCUGAGUUGUGCACUGAAAAACUAAAAAUAAUGGGCUCUUUGGAGAAGAGAGCGGAGUCAUUCUCAUUGAAUUAUAAAAGCAGACAUCUUUUGCGAAGGCUUCAAACUAGGGGACAAAAGCAAAAAGUGAUGAUGGCAGUCGAGUUAAUCUUAUCAAGAGUUGUGACGACUUCCUGAGGGAUCUGUAUCUGCUUUGUAUUCUUUGUGUCAAGUAAUAUCAACAAAUUGUAUUUAUGAGGGAACUCAUUUUGGGUGCAAAGGCUAAAGCCAAAUUUGAGUCAUAGAGAACAUCUAGCAAACAAAAUUGAUAAAAUCUGUUAUCUAUUGUUUGGGAUCCCAUUGAGUAAUGGCUCUGGCUAUUAAAACUCUUAACAGUCCAGAAUCAUCGUCCCCUUCAGCAGCAUUUUUUCCUCUGCUUUGAAAGGCUCAGGCAUCAGUGACGGCCAUGCUGAUGACAACUACAGAAAAAGCAGAGGCAGUUUCUUUACUGAGAACUUUCAAAGUCAUUUCAGGCUUUUAAGGGCAGUAGAGGCAGAAUGACUUAUUGGGUAUUACAGUUUGAACCACAUAGAAUCUAAUGAGGUAUUGUUUUUCCUUCACCUCUGCUACUCCAAUCAGAUAUUUACUAUGUGUCCAGAUUGUGCGAGGCCCCGAGGUUGGAGGCACAGACUCCCUCAAAGAACUGACAGUCUAGCUGGGGCUCCUCAGUUCUUUUUCCUCACCGGUCAUUUUCCAGAGCUUUCAGCUCCCCAUCUCACACACCCAUUUCUCCUUUUGCAUUCUCCCUCAUCCCCUUCGUUGUAGUCUUUCACCUUUAAUUAGCAAUUAGAAUAUAAAUCUGCUCAGAACACCUAGAGGAGCAGGGAGUAAUUUGCAUCUCAGGUAAAGUGUGAGUAGACUGAGAAUCAGUGACUAAUUCUCGCAUAUUUUGUAACUUCUGUGUGAGUCUGCAUUUAUUUGAAAGGUUUUCAGCACUAUUUCUCUACGCAUUUUCUAAACAGAAAGGAGGGAUUAUCUUCAUGUAGAAUUUUGCUAUUUGCUUGAGAAAAAAAAGAAUAGUCGUGUCUUCCUCUUUUCCCUUAUUCCCACAAAUGGUUAUUAGUAGGUUUUGCUUCUUAUAUGGAUAGCCAGCCAUCAAAGGCUCUAACGUCUGUAUUCUGGUUUUUUUUUUUGUAUAUGUUAUGAGUCCAUUACCACCCAUCCCCACAACGUAUCUAUCUAUCUAUCUAUCUUCCCUCUACCCCCCCUAACUCCUCCAAAUUUAAAGUAUGGAAAUGAGAAGUCCCCCCACCCCAGUGUUUCUCUCCUCACACACAUAGACUCAAAUUACGAGCAGGAAUUUGAGAACUUUAUAUCACAGGUUCUCCAAACAUUCAUCCAUUCAUAUUAAUAAGAUAAUGCUACUUCCAAUUCCUGCUCUUAGGAGAAGAGAGAUCAGAGAUUCCUACUCUUUACAGGUUUGGGUAAAAGUGGCAACGUGCUUGCACUGCUGCAGAGGAGCUCUGUGCCCUGGCUUCUCUGAGGAAAUUGGGGUUUAUGGCAAUGAUAGAUGUCAAGGUGCUUCCUCCCUGUACUUUUAUUUUUGAGGUCAGAUUGAGGUUGGGAGACAGGCAUGGAUGUUCCUCUUUGUCCUACUGUUCUCUAGAAAGAAUAUUUGGUUUUCCUGUGUAGGGGUGAGAUUACUACCUAGCCAGGUCUUAUAAUUCUGGGAAACAAAACACCUAAAUGCCUCCCCCAAAGCCAUUUUUCCUGUUAUCCUAUUUAGAUGGCAGUUGGGGGAUGCUUUGAUAUUCUGAUUACCCAAGGAACUACUGAUGCUGACAGUCCUGCAGGAAAUUGUAUUUUGUUUCCAUCUUGCUCUUUUAGCAGUAAAAUAUUUGAUGGAAAAGGGGGCAUUGAAUUAUGAGAGCACCUAUGGCUGUUUUAUAAUUGCUGAAAAGUGAUCCCCAGGUCCUGGGAGCUCUUGGAGACUUCAGUGAAAUUCCCAUUAUCUGUAGGAAAGUAGUAAGUUUGUGUACUAUUUUAUGUCUAACCUGUAUGGAUUUUUUCCUCCACAUAGCUAAGUAAACCCACUGUAAGGAUGCUCAUUCUUCUUUCAUUCAGAUAACUUUUUUCUUCAUCUGGGCACUGAAGGGAUACAUGAAACAAUGUUAACAUUUUUGGUAAUGCCUUCAGCUAGGGAUCAUUUUGUUUAACUUCUUAUAGGAAAGCUUGAGUAAAAUAAAUAUUGUCUUUUUGUAUGUCA